UACUGGUAACUAYUAUUCAAAAUGGCGGAAGACGGUACACCCGAAAGUCCAACUGUUGGUGAAAACGAUGAUUCCGCUGAGUCAAAAGUUAUUCAACUCAAUCCAGACUCUGAGUAUGUAGAUUUAACCCACAUCAAGCUAGAGAAGAUUGAAAACUUUGAAAGACUAACAUGUGUCAAGUCACUCUGCCUUAGAAGAAACAAAAUCACCAAGAUUGAAAAUCUAUCAACUUUGACGACUCUAGAAGAACUGGAUUUAUAUGAUAACCAGAUUUCUAAGUUAGAAAAUAUUGAACAACUGACUGAACUCAAAAUUUUGGACCUUUCUUUCAAUCUUAUUAAAGUCAUUGAAAACCUGGAGACCUUAACAAAAGUUGAAAAACUCUUCUUGGUUCAGAAUAAAAUUGGUAAAAUUGAAAAUCUUGAUGCUUUGGUUGAUCUCAAUAUGCUUGAGCUUGGAGCCAACAAGAUACGGGUUCUUGAAGGRCUUGAAAAACUUACAAAACUAGAAAGCUUGUUUGUUGGUAAAAACAAAAUCACAAGUCUUCAGAAUUUAGAUCCCCUUGUGAACUURAAGAUACUGAGCAUUCAGAGUAACCGUAUUGUUGAGCUAAAAGGACUUGAUGGACUUGUCAAUCUGGAGGARUUGUAUAUAAGUCAUAAUGGAAUUGAAGAGAUUCAAGGACUUGAUAAACUAGUUAAACUUACGACGUUGGACCUGGCAUCAAACAGAAUUUCCAGGAUAAAAAAUGUCUCUCAUCUUGUUAAUCUUGAAGAGUUUUGGUUCAAUGACAACAGACUUGCGCACUGGGAAGAUCUUGAUGAACUGAAAAAUUGUAAGCUUACUACGAUAUACCUGGAAAGAAAUCCAAUAUACCACGACGCGGGGACUGCAUACAGACGAAAAGUCAAGCUCGCACUUCCUGGACUUCGACAAAUUGAUGCCACUCUAUGUGGAUAAAAAACAAAACAAAACUGGAUGUUACUUAUCGAUUGUUAUUUAACUAGAGCGGAUUUCGUAUGAGUGGGAAACGGACGGUACUGUACUGUGACCGUAAUUGUACUGUAACCAAAUUCUAGUGUCACAUUGGUUCACCAAAAUUGUGAAGGCCAGGUCUGGUAACUGUGCUGUAACCGUGCGGUAACGGUGUCCCACUCAUGCGAAAUCCGCCCUAGGAACAUUGGCAAACCAGAUACUUUUACGUUUUAGCAAUAGUAGGAAAUUCACUUUAAUAUUACUAUUAAGAUUCUGUGUAGCUACGAAUAGAUUCGUACGUAACGCACAUCUUUACUUUGUGCGGCUGUUAAUAGACUAGGUGGAAGGUUACAGUAUUAGAGCCGUUUUUAUACGCAAUUAUACGGUUACGUUCCUAGCGUUUCCGCGCGUUUAUUUCAGCUAGGUAAACAGCACGUAACAAUGUAACGAUACGUAAAACGAUAAAUAUUAUUGAUUAUUAAUCAAUGUGAUCAGUUUCCUACUCAUGCGAAACCGCUGUAACUUCACCGCCUGUGGAACAAUUUAGACGAAGAAUCAAAAGUAGUCAUUUUCCCAAUUSCGCAUGCGUCUCCGCAAACAUUGCCUGCGCUCGCAAAUAAAAACGGAGUGAUGCACGUUGCUGAUCUCCAUCAGUGGAGAAUGUCCAUUUCAACUAUAGUUAAGUUCGACGUUUGUCCAUAUGACUAUAUUGGUGUUUUAUAUGAUAGCUAUGGCUUUUUGUAUAUAAUCUUAAUUGUAAGUGUUUAGUUGCAAGCACUUUGUAAUAAAAUUGAUCAAAUUCCUCGG